GCAGCAGCGGCGGCGGCGGCGGCGGCGGCGGCGGAGGCGCCCGGUCCCGGCCGCGCGGAGCGGACAUGUGCAGGCUGGGCUAGGAGCCGCCGCCUCCCCCCCGCCCAGCGAUGUAUUCAGCGCCCUCCGCCUGCACUUGCCUGUGUUUACACUUCCUGCUGCUGUGCUUCCAGGUACAGGUGCUGGCGGCCGAGGAGAACGUGGACUUCCGCAUCCACGUGGAGAACCAGACGCGGGCUCGGGACGAUGUGAGCCGUAAGCAGCUGCGGCUGUACCAGCUCUACAGCCGGACCAGCGGGAAGCACAUCCAGGUCCUGGGCCGCAGGAUCAGUGCCCGCGGCGAGGACGGGGACAAGUAUGCCCAGCUCCUAGUGGAGACAGACACCUUCGGUAGUCAAGUCCGGAUCAAGGGCAAGGAGACGGAAUUCUACCUGUGUAUGAACCGGAAAGGCAAGCUCGUGGGGAAGCCCGAUGGCACCAGCAAGGAGUGUGUGUUCAUUGAGAAGGUCCUGGAGAACAACUACACAGCCCUGAUGUCCGCCAAAUACUCUGGCUGGUACGUGGGCUUCACCAAGAAGGGGCGGCCACGGAAGGGUCCCAAGACCCGGGAGAACCAGCAGGACGUGCACUUCAUGAAGCGCUACCCCAAGGGACAGGCAGAGCUGCAGAAGCCCUUCAAGUACACCACGGUGACCAAGAGGUCCCGGCGGAUCCGCCCCACGCACCCAGGCUAGGCUGGCCCCACCGCAGCCCCCCAGGCUGCCCCCAGGCCCACACUCACACUCACAGAGAACUGCAUCAGAGGAAUAUUUUUACAUGAAAAAUUAGGAAGAAGCUCUAUUUUUGUACAUUGUGUUUAAAAGAAGACAAAAACUGAACCAAAACUCUUGGGGGGAGGGGGAGCGAUAAGGAUUUUAUUGUUGACUUGAAACCCCCUGUCUAUGACAAAAGACUCACGAGAAGGGACUGUUGUCAACGCACAGGUGCUUGUCUCUCUCUAGGAACCGACAACUCUAAACUUGUCCCCAGAGGAGGAUUUGAAUGAGGAAAACGACACUCUGAGAAACCAAAGUCCUUUUUCCCAAAGGUUCUGAAAGCAAAGAACAAAACAAAAACAAAAACAAAAACAAAAACAAAACAAAACAAAAAAAAAAGAAAAAAAGAAAAAAAGAGAAAAACAAAGAGAAAGUAGUACCCACCCCCAAACUCCCCUUCUUCUCCAAUCCCCCGUCCCUGUCCCAAUCUCCAACAAAAAUCGCUCUCUGGUUUGCAGUCAUUUAUUUAUUGUCCGCUGCAAGCUGUCCCGAGACACCGCGCAGGGAAGGCGUGCCCCUCGGGAAUUCUCGGCGCCUCGACCUCCGACCUCCGACGACAGACGGCCUCGUCCAAUCAAGUGACCCUGCAUUGCUCGCAGUUCUGGAGGAUGCUGCUAUCGACCUUCCGUGACUCACGUGACCUAGUACACCAAUGAUAAGGGAAUAUUUUAAAACCAGCUAUAUUAUAUAUAUUAUAUAUAUAUAAGCUAUUUAUUUCACCUCUCUGUAUAUUGCAGUUUCAUGAACCAAGUAUUACUGCCUCAACAAUUAAAAACAAUCGACAAAUUA